AUGAACUCAUUACUGCUCAGGUGGGCUAAUCUCUAUUUCCUGUUCCUGGUGAUCCUGAACUGGAUGCCUUCUGUUGAAGCAUUUCACAGGGAAAUCACCAUGCUACCCCUGGCUGUGGUUCUAUUUGUCAUCAUGCUCAAGGACGGCAUAGAAGACUUCAAGAAACACCGCUUUGACAGAGAAGUAAACUCCUCCAGCAUCAGAACAUACGAGAAGAAAGAACGGGCCUAUGUUAAGAAACGCUGGAAAGAUGUCCGGGUGGGAGACUUUGUCCAGAUGCAGUGCAAUGAGAUUAUCCCAGCCGACAUCCUCUUACUCUUCUCCUCCGAUCAAAGUGGGAUCUGCUACCUGGAAACUGCCAACUUGGAUGGCGAGACAAAUCUCAAACAGAGACGUGUGGUGAAGGGAUUCUCGUGCCAGGAUGCUCAAUUUGAACCAGAACACUUUCGCAAUACAAUAGUCUGUGAGAAACCUAACAAUAAUCUCAACAAAUUCAAAGGUUAUAUGGAACACCCUAACCAAACAAGAACGGCUCUUGGCAGCGAAAGCCUCCUUCUGAGAGGCUGCACCAUCAGGAACACUGAAGUGGCAGUCGGCAUUGUCAUCUAUGCAGGGCAUGAAACAAAAGCCAUGCUAAAUAAUAGUGGCCCCCGGUAUAAGCGGAGCAAGAUUGAGCGGCGGAUGAAUAUCGACAUUUUCUUCUGCGUUGGGCUCCUGUUUGUUAUGUGCCUCACUGGAGCUGUAGGUCAUUGUCUCUGGAAUGAAACCUUUGGGGAACACCCUCCCUUUGAUGUGCCGGGUGCCAGUGGCAGCUUUCCUCCCUUGGCCCUGGGGGGUUUCUACAUGUUUCUGACCAUGAUCAUUCUGUUACAGGUGCUGAUCCCUAUCUCCCUUUACGUGUCCAUUGAGUUGGUGAAGCUCGGUCAAGUGUUUUUCCUCCACAAUGACAUCGACCUGUAUGAUGAAGAGACUGAUUUGUCCAUCCAGUGCCGAGCACUCAACAUCACUGAGGACCUUGGCCAGAUCCAGUAUAUCUUUUCUGACAAAACAGGGACUCUGACAGAGAACAAGAUGGUAUUUCGACGUUGCACUAUCAUGGGCAAUGAGUUUUCCCAUCAGGAAAAUGCCAAGCGGCUGGAGACCCAGAAGGAGCUGGACUCAGAUGAUGAAGACUGGGCCAAAGGUCAACACCUGCCCUUCCCGGUUCAAAACUCCAAAGACCCAACCACCUUGAAGCAUCAGGACACCAGACCUCUAAGGAGGUGUCAGAGUGCCCACGCCCACUUCCAGGGCCAUGUCCGGCACAAGUCACUGGGACGCUGCAAUAGUAACCGUUCGCAGGUGGCCUUCAGCAGCACCAUAGAAAAGGAUGUGGCUCCUGAUAAAAGACUGCUGAUGAGGGUUAGAAAUGCCUUCCACCCAGAGGAGACCCUAUCGACACUUAGACCAACCAAGACCACUUUCACCACUAGCUCUUCCAUUGCUGACUUUUUUCUUGCCCUGGCCAUCUGCAACACCGUUAUGGUCUCCACAACUACCGAGCCAAGGCAACGGGUCAUCAGGCCACCACAGGCGAAGUCGCUGGGGGCCUCUUUGGAGAAAAUACACCAGCUCUUCCUAAGGCUAAAAUUACCCAGUCUUAGUCAGUCCUUCUCCUCCACAGCAUCGGGUGAGACUGACCUGGGAGCGCAAGAGAGGGCAAACCAAACGCCAGAAGGUGCCUUAGCCACUGACUCCAACGAUAAAGACACCGCAUCUCUCCAUGGCAUGGCAAGUUUGUCGGACGAUGGCGGGGAGGACAGGGGGGCUCACACAGAGAGUCUGCAUGCUGGGGAAGCCUCGCUGCAGGAGGUUCUGGAGCCAGCAGCACUGGACCAGGUGGAGCCAGACUUCUGCUAUGAGGCCGAGAGCCCCGAUGAAGCCGCUCUGGUUCAUGCCGCCCGGGCAUACAGCUUCACCUUGGUAUCCAGGACCCAUGAGCAGGUGACUGUACGACUCCCCCAGGGAACUCUCCUCACUUUUGACCUGUUGGGCACUCUGGGCUUUGAUUCCAUCAGGAAGAGGAUGUCGGUGAUCGUGAGGCACCCCCUGACCAAUGAGAUUAUCGUUUACACCAAAGGAGCUGAUUCAGUCAUGAUGGAUUUGCUCCAGGACCCAGCCAAAGCUCACAAAGAGAUGGAGAGGAAGCUGAGGAAAAUGCAAGCUAUAACCCAAAAACAUCUGGACUGGUAUGCGAGAGAUGGCCUGAGGACUCUGUGCAUUGCUAAGAAGGUACUGAGCGAAGAGGACUUUACAAAAUGGGCCAAUUUCCGUCGGGAAGCCGAGGCGGCAAUUGACAAUCGUGAUGAGCUGCUAAUGGAGACAGCUCAACACCUGGAGACGGAGCUCACCUUAUUAGGAGCAACAGGGAUUGAAGAUCGGCUGCAAGAUGGUGUUCCUGACACCAUUGCAGCUCUGAAAGAGGCCGGGAUCAGAGUCUGGGUCCUCACGGGAGACAAACAAGAGACAGCCGUCAACAUUGCAUAUUCCUGUAAACUCUUGGAUCCCAAAGACUGUGUUUACACCCUCAAUACAGAAAGCCAGGAAACUUGUGAAUCCAUCCUCAAUUUUGCUUUGGAGGAAGUGAAGAAAUGUUAUGGCCCUAGGAAGAUGGAGCGGAAGUGUUUCUCUCUCUUCUCAUCUUCCUCAGUCCCGCCUUCACCCACUGAGAUUGCAGCUCCAAAUAUUGGGCUGGUGAUUGACGGGAAGACUUUGACUGUCAUUUUCCAGGGAAAUCUGGAGAAGAAGUUUUUAGAUUUGACAGAAUACUGCCAUUCUGUUCUGUGUUGCCGUUGCACUCCCCUGCAGAAGAGCAUGAUGGUCAAACUAGUGCGGGACAAGUUGAACGUAAUGACACUCUCUAUAGGUGAUGGUGCAAAUGAUGUGAGCAUGAUCCAAGCUGCUGAUAUUGGAAUUGGAAUAUCUGGUCAAGAAGGCAUGCAGGCAGUGAUGUCCAGCGAUUUUGCCAUAUCUCGCUUUAAGCAUCUCAAGAAGCUGCUCCUGGUGCAUGGCCAUUGGUGCUAUAUGCGUUUGGCCAAGAUGGUGGUCUACUACUUCUACAAAAAUGUGUGCUACGUCAACCUUCUCUUCUGGUAUCAGUUUUUCUGUGGCUUCUCGGGUUCCACAAUGAUGGAUUACUGGCAGAUGAUAUUUUUUAAUCUCUUCUUCACCUCCUUGCCGCCACUCAUCUUUGGUAUCCUGGAUAAAAACAUCUCUGCAGAAACCCUCUUGGCUCUGCCGGAGCUGUACAAAAGUGGGCAGAAUUCUGAGUUUUACAAGCUGUCGACCUUCUGGCUGGCCAUUCUAGAUGCUUUCUAUCAGAGCAUCAUUUGUUUCUUCGUCCCUUAUUUGAUAUACAUGGACACUGACAUUGAUGUUUUCUCUUUCGGGACCCCAAUCAAUACCAUCGCCCUUAUAACAAUUCUGUUACAUCAAGCGAUAGAGAUGAAAACUUGGACGGCAAUCCACUGGAUCUCCAUAAUUGGAAGUUUCCUGCUCUACUUUGUUACCUCACUCAUAUAUAAUGCUCUCUGUGUCAUCUGUAAUAAUCCCACAAACCCCUACUGGAUCAUGGAGCUUCAGAUGUCAGAUCCCACCUUCUAUCUUGUGUGCUUCAUUACACCAGUCAUCGCCCUUUUACCAAGGUAUUUCAUCAUGUGUCUACAAGGGACCUGCAGUCAGUCUCCAAUCCUUCAAGCUCAACAACUGGAUAAACUCCCCAAAGAUAAGAGAGAGCUGGAGAUCCGGGGGUGGAGGGAAAGGAAGAAGAAAUCACCAGACCCCUGCAGCAGGCCAGAGAUCUCUGGGGAAGCCCCUCCCAGCCACUUCCAGGGGUUCUUCCUCACCCCACAGGGGCCUGGGAACGAUGCCCAUAGGGGAUUUUGCACACCUAAAAGGGAACCUGGAGAGGACUGUGAAAUAACAGGAGAGAGCAGCAACCUCGAUGGUCACAAAAGCUGUUCAGAGGCUGAAACUGGCACUGCAAGCACCUCAGCAAGACCUUCCCCUGGGGAGCAUCUUCUUGGACCCGUUGGGUCAGCAGCCCCUGGUCAGCAGACCAUUAACACCAAAGAUUUUUCCAGGAGUGGCCACCGCAGAUCCAUAAGUGCAUUGACCAUAUAAAGGGGGUUGUGCUUAAAAGAGGCACAGCAGUCUUGGAAACAGCCACUUACCUCUCACCUGGAGCAGGAAAGAUGGCAGGUUCCAUUGAUUUUCUCCUUAGACUCUCCUUCAUGGGUGAGGGAAAGUCAGUACAGGGAUCUGGGUGUGGGCAGAUGAACAUUUUGCUGAUGCACAGGCUGCUGUAUAGUCUGCCUUUGGGUGCAGCUGCUGGGCAGCCAGCAACAUCUGGUUGGGCAACCAGUCUUACAAGCUGCAGAGAAAGUAGGUAUUGUUUCUAUUUAGAAGUAACUGUGAAGUUUGGAGAGCUUUUUUUGAGGAAGCAUCUGGAUGGUGACCACAACCUUUUGGAAGAGUUCGGUCUGGCCCAGAGUUGGCUGCAUUCCCCAAGAUGGGGCCAAGCUGAUGGGAGACUGAAUUUCAGGAGCCUUAAAAAAGCACAUUAAGCAACACUUCAGAUCACCCGCCUGCUUUUGGUCUCCUCCCUGCCUUCCCCACUCAGUCACUGACUGCCCCGUGCUCCAUGAUCGACACAGGGUUCCAGGAAGGAGCUAUGUAGGAGUAUGUGGAGAGUCUCAUGCCCCAGAAAUUUCUCUAAGAAUUACCCCAUCCCCACUUGCUUGGGGGAAUGCCCUCUUUGGACUCUAAGUUCCUUGUGGACAAGGAACAUGUCUACCAAUUCUCUUAUAUUGUACUCUCCCAAGCACUUA